UAACAAUAGUGACCAAGCCGCUUAUUUCUUGUCAACACACACACAAACAAAACAUUUUGAGGAAAUCGUUUUUCUUGUGAACCAAAUUGGAUAAAAAGAGCGGCCAACCACCAACACACACACACACACACACCUCUCAAACAGCUUUAACUUGUGUAUCUUUUGUCGAAACAUUCUCAAUUGCUGCGCAGUGAACCUUUCAGAUCACAACAGUACCGGACAAUGGAGUGCUACCAGGAGGAACCAAGGACAAGGACAACAACACAAGAAACCCUUCAGACACUGCAAGAUGGCAGAACAAGAAGCGAACACCUCGAGCAGUUAUUACAGAGUGCGCCUUUGGCACCAACGACCGACCCAAGAACAUUCCUUCCUCCCUCCCUCAGUACGACCGCCCUCGACCUUCCCUUGAACCAACAGGCAAUAUGGGCAGAACUAGAACGUCUCUUGCUCCUCGUUGAAAAUGUGUGCAAUCGCGAUGUCAACACUCUGACCCCUGAACAACGAGUCUUGUGGGCAGAGAUUGACCGUCUCAUGGACCUUAUUGAAACAAUAUGUGCGACACCAAAAGACGUACCCUCUCACCCACCUACAUAUGAAGAAGCUCUCGGAAUACAAAAAAAGGGUGGAUUGUCUACUGGCAAGCCUCGGCUUUCCAACGAUGAACUGGGACAGGUGUUUGCUGCCAUUGACCGCGUGCUCAAAAUGGCCCCGCGGUUGGAUGACCAGUCGGUGUUGUUGAAUCCACGACAGGAAAAGAUCAUGUCUGGUGCAGCUCUUCUUGCCCUGAUUGACCGGUUGAAUCGGGGAAAAGAAAAUUUCCAAAACCAGAGAGCUGUGCCUACGGGACGUAAUCGAUACGCUGCCUUGCAAAAGCUGGUUGACCAAAUUACUGUCGCUGGGCAGCGGAGUAUGAGCAAUCAGCGGGUAAUGCUCUCUGCUGAUCAAAAGAAUCGGAUGGAGAUUGGGCGAUUAGGUGGUCUUUUGGACCGACAAGAGAAGAGCCGUUUCAAGAAUCAGGACUUUAUGACCAAAGAACAGCUUUUCCACAAUGACCUAUCAAAACUCCAACUCGAUCUUCAAAAAUCCGAAUCUCCUGAUCUCAACCAGCAGCGCUAUGAAAUGUCCACAGCAAAGCAACGUGACCUAUUUAUGAAUGGUCUGAGUGCUCGCAUGGACCGACUUGAAGACCGACGAUUAGCAAACCAGGAUGCCAUGACUCAAAAUCAAAAGAAGGAGCAGCGAUUUGAAGAGUUGGAGCGGAUUAUGGAUAGCUUUCCCCAACCGCUUACAGGCCAGCGAGCUGCGCAGACAAUGCGAAAAAUGUCUGUGACAAGAUAGUGUAGGUUUUUUUUUGAUAUCCCAAUUUAAUAGCCAAUGUGUGGUUGUCUUUUUCGUGGCAGAAAUAUCAUUGUAUGGAGUUUUUGAUUUUAGAUAGUUUCCUUGUCCAGAAUAUUCAUAUAUUGAGCCCAAAAUUCUUGUCUUUACAAGGGUUAUGUAUUGAUGUUUACAAACCGACAAAUACUCUACAUACAAAUCCUCCACUUUUUUCAGAUCCGCCAUCGUCCUUCCGAAUGGUUGCAAUAAUUACUCCCAUGACGAAUAAAUUGAUCUAUCUAUAUAGCCAGGUUACAUUCUGCAGCUUAGGCGAGCAAAGCAGCAGCGGCGACGGCGGCAAGUGCUGCAGCUGAGGAACCG